CAGGAUAAUGGUAAAUUUUUUAAAAACCGGCUGCAUUUCUCAAGUCUGCUGACGCCAUCAGUUUUCAUAAGAUACAUCAGCGGGUUUUAUAAAAAUAAAAAAGUUCCUUCUUUGUUUUCAUCAAAAAGUCGCAUCUAACGGUUCAGAAUUGUUUUCAUAUUAAUCCGAAGGUGUCUUGACAAGCCUGUGUUGUUCAGUGGAGAUUCCUCUCAUACACCAACUUCUUCAUUCCAUUUAUAUGAUUAUAAUUCUCAUUUCUCGUAAAUCCUCUGGCACUUCUUCGUAUUGCCCCUUUUUUCCGUUGUCUCUCUCGAUUUAAUCUUCACUUGGUCGACUUUGACUUUGACUUGUUCGAACUUCAAUUCUCCGUCGCAAGUAUCCGUUGUUUCCAUCGAAUCCGCUCUCUGUUCCAAGAUUGACUACGCAGCGCCGUCUCCGUUCUCUGUAGCCACUCAUCUUCUAUUCUGCGCCGCCGUAUGCAUUCUCUGUUUCGGUGUCGAGGGGGCCAUUAAUGUAGAUUUGCCGCGCCAUCUCCGAAAAUAUGAAUUUGGGUUUCUUCAAAAUUGAUCAUCUUUGGGGUCAACGAGCUCGGUUUCUUCUUCGUCAUAUCUAAUUGAAUCGGGUUUUCUUCAAAACUGAAAAACCCGCUUUGAAGAAUAGGACAAGGCUCUUCCUUUAUCUGAUUCGACUGACAGUUAAAUCGGCUCACUUGGUCAACCAUGGAGUCAACAAAGGUUUGCAUGAACGCGCAGUGUGGAGCGGCCUCGACGUCCGGCGAGUGGAAGAGAGGCUGGCCGAUGCGAUCCGGCGAGUUAGCCUCUCUCUGCGACAAGUGUGGGUCUGCAUACGAGCAAUCCAUUUUCUGCCAAGUGUUCCACGCCGAGGAAUCUGGUUGGAGAGAGUGUAAUUCUUGUGACAAGCGUCUUCACUGUGGAUGCAUCGCUUCCAGAUUCAUGAUGGAGCUUCUAGAUAAUGGCGGCGUUACCUGUAUAAGCUGUGCCAAAAAAUCCGGACUAUUUUCUAUGAAUGUCAGCCACGAAGCCAACGGUAGGGACUUCCCUUCAUUUGCUUCACCGGAGCAUGUAGGCAGCGUUCUCGAGAGGACCAAUCUCAAGCACUUGCUUCACUUUCAAAGAAUCGGCACCACUCAGUCUUUGCUCCAAAUGAAACAAGAAGAACCUCUGCUUCCCGCCAGACUAGAGGCUCUUAGACACAAAACCGAAAACAAAGAAUUCUUGGAGUUGUCUGCGCAGCCAAACUUGAGCAUUUCGCUUGGACCUACGACGCUUAUGACAAGUCCGUUUCACGAUGCUGAUGACAGAAGUAAGAACGCUCCGAUUUUCCAACUGGCCCCUCGGUCCAGGCAACUGCUUCCAAAGCCCGCGAAUUCAGCUCCCACUGCUGCUGGUGUGGAGCCUAAUGGGAGCAUGGUGUCACAGAUUCAUAUCGCUCGGCCUCCUCCAGAAGGUCGCGGGAAGACACAGCUGCUUCCUCGUUAUUGGCCUAGGAUUACUGACCAGGAGCUGCAGCAGUUAUCCGGACAGUAUCCUCAUCUCUCAAAUUCCAAAAUUAUACCACUCUUUGAGAAAGUCCUGAGUGCAAGCGAUGCGGGUCGUAUCGGUCGACUGGUUCUUCCGAAAGCAUGUGCAGAGGCAUAUUUCCCACCAAUCUCUCAGCCCGAGGGCCUCCCGUUAAAGAUACAAGACAUAAAAGGGAAAGAGUGGGUGUUCCAGUUCAGGUUUUGGCCUAAUAAUAACAGCAGGAUGUACGUUUUGGAAGGUGUGACUCCUUGCAUACAGUCCAUGCAGUUGCAAGCUGGUGAUACUGUAACGUUCAGCCGCACGGAACCUGAAGGAAAACUUGUAAUGGGAUACCGUAAAGCGACAAACUCAACUGCAGCACAGAUGUUCAAGGGAAGCAGUGAACCCAACCUGAACAUGUUUACCAACAACUUGAGUCCGGGAUGUGGUGACAUCAACUGGUCUAAACUUGAGAAGUCUGAGGACAUGGCAAAGGAUAUCUUAUUGCAUCAGCCGUCGCUAACGUCUGCUAGGAAACGCGUUCGGAACAUUGGCACUAAGAGCAAGCGACUGCUCAUCGACAGCGUAGAUGUUCUAGAACUGAGACUAACUUGGGAGGAGGCACAGGAGCUGCUUCGGCCGCCCCAGUCCGUCAAACCGAGCAUCUGUGUAGUGGAAGAUCACGAUUUUGAAGAAUAUGAUGAACCACCAGUUUUCGGGAAGAGGACCGUUUUUGUGUCACGUCAAACAGGGGAACAAGAGCAAUGGGUUCAGUGUGAUGCUUGUGGGAAAUGGCGACGGCUGCCUGUGGAUACUCUUCUUCCACCAAAGUGGUUGUGCUCUGAUAAUCUCUUGGAUCCUGGCAGGUCUUCAUGUUCUGCACCUGAUGAACUAUCCCCAAGAGAACAGGAUACGCUUGUCCGGCUGAACAAAGAGUUCAAAAGGAGGAGACUGGCAUCAUCAAACGAAAAGCUAAACCAGGAUCAGGAGGGAUCUGCUCUGGAUACCUUAGCAAAUGCAGCCGUCACCACGACAGGUGGACAAGGGGAUAACGCUGUUGCAGCCACGACCAAGCACCCAAGACACCGGGCAGGGUGUUCGUGCAUCGUCUGUAGCCAGCCGCCGAGCGGGAAAGGCAAACACAAGCCGUCAUGCACAUGCACUGUGUGCGAGGCAGUGAAGAGGCGGUUCAAGACGCUGAUGAUGCGGAAGAGGAACAGGGGUGAGGCAGGGCAGGCAAGCCAGCAGGCGCAGUCGGAGAGCAGGGACGAGACGGAAGUGGAGAGCAUUCCGGCGGUUGAACCAGCGGCAGGGGGAAACAUCGACUUAAACACAGACCCGGGUGCUUCUCGAGUGAGCAUGAUGAGCCUUCUCCAAGCUGCAACCUUUCCUCUAGAGGCAUAUCUGAAACAAAAGGCUAUUGUUCCCAAUACAGCAGCAGCGGAACAGCAAAGCAGUGAUAUGGUAAGCACAGAGCAUGGUUCAUCCUCAGCCGCACAAGAACAUGACAGAGACACAACCGGAGCUCCUGAGCCCCCGAGCUAACCCCAAACCCACUUUGAAGACCUCCAUGAGAGUAAUUUAUUUUUCCAGAGGUAUGUUUAUUAUGUAUACAACAACCUUCUUCGGUUUCGUCUCAAAUUGGUGGUGUGGUGUGGUUACGACCAUUCUGCUAAUUGUCGAUCGAAGAAAGGAGGACUUUAUCGUUUCCUUUUUUUGUUGUCUUCGUGUUUUGGUUUUGGUGUGGGUGAGGCUUGAGAGAGACAAAAAGAUAGGAAUCUAUGAGGUUUUGGAAAAUACAUAGGACAAACCAACAUAAUCCUUGACGACUGUAAUAUGUAUAUAUAAGGGUCAAAAAUGAAAACAAACAGAAUGCUUCUAAGUCACAAAAGUUUAUUUUAUGAGCUCUUCUUCACAACACCUGCCCGUUUUCGAUUUGGUCUAUCGAAUCC